GCUAAUUAUUAUGUCCAACCAAACACUGCUAAUGUAUUAAAAGCUCUUGACAUGUGGAGAUGACACACAAUAACUUGAUAGCUUGUACAUUACCAUUAAUUAGCAUGCUUGCAAUGACAUUGGCUUGCUUGUUUAUAUGUGAAAUAUAAGUUAACCAGUUCAUAACUAUUGUUUUGUUAAUGUAUCUAAUCUUUUCACUGAUCUCUCAGCCAGCACGUCACUAUAUAUUAGGAGCCAUGGGCUUAUUCCCAGUGCUCUAAAGUUGUAAUAGUACGGGAAGUGUUAAUUGGACACUAUGGAUGGGAUGCUUAGUCCUGUUCAGAUGCUGUCAUUAAAAAGGGUGGCAACGCUAAUGUGCCAGUGUUUCCAUUUAACAAAGUAGAGACGGGAUGGAAUGUGUCAAACUAUAAACUGACAGCAGUUAUAAAUAAACUUUCAUAACAAGAUAAAACAGUGCAGUGCAUUUAUGACCAAGACAGUGCCAAAACUGUGUGUGUGUGUGUGUGUGUGUGUGUUGGUGUGUGUGUUGGUGUGUGAGAUACUGAAAGUGACCUUGUCUAUUCCUGGGGGAGGCAUGUGGAUGGUGAUGGCUGACAAAGGUAGUGUGGUAUGGAGACAGAAAGAAAAGGAGGAGAGAAAGAAGACAUGCAUCACAGAACCUGCCAAGUGAUGCUGUACUCUGCCUAUGUCUGUGGCUAUACUGUGAGAGAUAACAGAAAGACAGGGAUGACGCAGAGAAAGAGAGAGAGAUGGGUAGACGGAUGAUGGGAGGGGGCAGGGGGCAUAGGGUGUGUGUUGGUGUGUGACUCACAGGAUAGAUAUUUGCAAUUCCUGGCCAUUGUCCCGGAGAGUCACAAUGGGAUCGGAGAGAGAGGGAGGAGAGUGGAUCAAGAGCGGCCUGCCCUUGAGAGGGGUGGGAGGGGGGGGCGAGUGAGAGGGUCACCCAAGCUGGGGAGUUGACGGGGGUUAUGCCACCUGUGUCCUUGGCCUUAUAGGGCAGGGCAGCAGAGGGUAUAUAUUUGAUCUCGGCCAAAUGCUCGGUUCAACACAGAGGAGAACAUCUGUGCAUGACCUGGCUUUGGUGUGCACCAGCAGUCUUCUGAAGUCCCUGCUCUUCGCUUUCCUGUCAGGUUUAAACUUGCACGAUCACAAUGGGAGAUGCUGAAAUGGCGGUAUUUGGGGCUGCUGCCUCGUACCUGCGCAAGUCAGACAAACAGCGUCUGGAGGACCAGACUCGGCCCUUUGACAUGAAGAAGGAGGUCUUUGUGCCCGACCCUGUGGCAGAGUUUGUCAAGGCAUCCGUUGUGAGUCGCGAUGGUGACAAAGUCACUGUGGAGACAGACGGCGGGAAGACCUUGACGGUCAAGGACACCCAGAUUCUGCAGCAGAACCCUCCCAAGUUUGACAAGAUCGAGGACAUGGCCAUGCUGACCUUCCUGCACGAGCCCGCUGUGCUGUACAACCUCAAAGAGCGUUACGCAGCCUGGAUGAUCUAUACCUAUUCAGGACUCUUCUGUGUCACUGUCAACCCCUACAAGUGGCUGCCAGUGUACAAUCAGGAGGUGGUCCUUGCUUACAGAGGAAAGAAGAGGAGUGAAGCUCCUCCUCAUAUCUUCUCCAUCUCUGACAAUGCCUAUCAGUACAUGCUGACAGACCGCGAGAACCAAUCUAUCCUGAUCACUGGAGAAUCUGGUGCCGGGAAGACUGUGAACACAAAGAGAGUCAUCCAAUACUUCGCAAGCAUUGCAGCUGGAGGAGGAAAGAAGGAUCAAGCUGCCCAAAACAAGGGUACCCUGGAGGAUCAAAUCAUUCAGGCCAACCCAGCUCUGGAAGCUUUUGGUAAUGCCAAGACCAUCAGGAAUGACAACUCCUCAAGAUUUGGCAAGUUCAUUCGCAUUCACUUCGAUACUCGUGGGAAGUUGGCCUCUGCUGACAUAGAGACCUACCUCCUGGAGAAGUCUCGUGUGACCUUUCAGCUGAGGGCAGAAAGAGAUUAUCACAUCUUCUAUCAGAUCUUGUCCAACAAGAAGCCUGAAAUCCUGGAGAUGUUGCUGGUGACUAAUAACCCCUAUGACUACGCCUUCAUCUCUCAGGGGGAAACAACAGUUGCCUCUAUUGAUGAUGCAGAUGAGCUGAUGGCCACUGAUAAUGCAUUCGAUGUGCUGGGAUUCAUCCAGGAGGAGAAGAAUUCUGUGUACAAGCUGACUGGUGCCAUCAUGCACUAUGGCAAUAUGAAGUUCAAACAGAAGCAGCGUGAGGAGCAGGCAGAAGCUGAUGGCACUGAGGAUGCUGACAAGGCAGCUUAUCUGAUGGGCCUGAACUCUGCUGACCUCAUCAAGGGUCUCUGUCACCCAAGGGUCAAAGUAGGGAAUGAGUGGGUCACCAAGGGACAAAAUGUCCAGCAGGUGAACUAUGCUGUUGGUGCACUCUCCAAGGCAGUGUAUGAAAGAAUGUUCCUCUGGAUGGUGGUGAGAAUCAACCAAUCCCUGGAGACCAAGCAGCCUCGCCAGUACUUCAUUGGUGUACUGGACAUCGCUGGGUUUGAGAUCUUUGAUUUCAACACCUUUGAGCAGCUGUGCAUCAACUUCACCAACGAGAAACUGCAACAGUUUUUCAACCAUCACAUGUUUGUGCUGGAGCAGGAAGAGUACAAGAAAGAGGGCAUUGAAUGGGAGUUCAUUGACUUUGGCAUGGACUUGCAGGCUUGCAUUGACCUCAUUGAGAAGCCCAUGGGCAUCAUGUCUAUCCUUGAAGAGGAGUGCAUGUUCCCUAAGGCCAGUGAUUCCACCUUCAAAGCCAAGCUGUAUGACAACCAUCUGGGCAAGUCCAAUAAUUUCCAGAAGCCCAGGAUUGUCAAGGGGAAACCAGAGGCCCAUUUUGCCCUGGUUCACUAUGCUGGUACUGUGGACUACAACAUUGUCAACUGGCUGGUCAAGAACAAGGACCCUCUGAACGAGACUGUGGUCGGAUUGUACCAGAAGUCUUCUCUCAAGUUACUGGCAAUUCUGUUUGCUAACUAUGCCAGUGCAGAGUCAGCUAUGGUAGAAUCAGGAAAGAAGGAGAAGAAGAAAAAGGGUUCUUCCUUCCAGACAGUGUCUGCUCUUCACAGGGAGAACCUGAAUAAGCUGAUGACAAACCUGAGGUCCACUCACCCUCACUUUGUGCGCUGCAUCAUCCCCAAUGAGACCAAGACUCCUGGGGCCAUGGAGAAUCCUCUGGUGAUGCACCAGCUGCGCUGUAACGGUGUGCUGGAAGGCAUCAGGAUCUGUAGAAAGGGCUUCCCCAACAGGAUCCUGUAUGGAGACUUCAAACAGAGAUACCGCAUCCUGAACCCUGCUGCUAUCCCAGAGGGACAGUUCAUAGACAGCAAGAAAGGAGCAGAGAAACUGCUGGCAACUCUGGACAUUGACCACCAGCAGUAUAGGUUUGGACACACUAAGGUGUUCUUCAAGGCUGGCUUAUUGGGUCAGCUGGAGGAGAUGAGAGAUGAGCGCCUGUCUAAGAUCAUCACUGCAAUUCAGGCAAGAUCUCGAGGUCUUCUCUCAAGAAUCGAGUACCAGAAGAUGGUGGAACGCAGGGAUGCCUUGCUUGUGAUCCAGUGGAAUGUGCGUGCCUUCAUGGGCGUGAAGAACUGGCCCUGGAUGAAGCUGUUCUUUAAGAUCAAGCCUCUGCUAAGGUCAGCUGAAGCUGAGAAGGAGAUGGCCAACAUGAAAGAGGAAUUCCUGAAGCUGAAAGAGGCAUACGCCAAAUCUGAGGCACGGAGGAAGGAACUGGAAGAGAAAAUGGUCGGUCUUCUCCAAGAGAAGAAUGACCUGCUGCUUCAACUCCAGGCUGAGCAAGACAACCUCUGUGAUGCUGAGGAGAGAUGCGAAGGGUUGAUCAAGAACAAGAUCCAGCUGGAGGCCAAAAUCAAAGAGCUGACAGAGCGGCUGGAGGAUGAGGAGGAGAUGAACGCAGAGCUGACUGCUAAGAAGAGGAAGCUGGAGGAUGAGUGUUCUGAGCUCAAGAAAGACAUUGAUGAUCUGGAGCUCACUCUGGCCAAAGUAGAGAAGGAGAAGCAUGCCACUGAGAAUAAGGUGAAGAACCUGACUGAGGAAAUGGCAGCUCUAGAUGAAAUAAUUGCCAAGCUGACCAAGGAGAAGAAGGCUCUACAGGAGGCUCACCAGCAAGCCCUGGAUGAUCUUCAGAGUGAGGAGGACAAAGUCAACACUCUGACCAAGGCCAAGGCUAAGCUGGAGCAACAAGUCGAUGAUCUUGAAGGGUCUCUAGAACAAGAGAAGAAGAUUCGAAUGGAUCUUGAGAGGGUAAAGAGGAAGCUGGAAGGAGACCUUAAGUUGACCCAGGAGAAUGUUAUGGACCUGGAGAAUGACAAGCAGCAGCUGGAGGAGAGGCUGAAGAAGAAGGACUUUGAGAUCAGCCAGCUUAAUGGUAAGAUUGAAGAUGAACAGUCUAUGAUGGUACAGCUUCAGAAGAAACUUAAGGAGCUGCAGGCCCGCAUUGAGGAGCUGGAGGAGGAGCUGGAGGCUGAGAGAGCUGCCCGUGCCAAAGUGGAGAAACAGAGGGCAGACUUGGCCAGAGAGCUAGAGGAGAUCAGUGAGAGGCUGGAGGAGGCAGGUGGGGCCACUGCCGCUCAGAUCGAGAUGAACAAGAAGAGGGAGGCCGAGUUCCAGAAAUUACGCAGAGACCUGGAGGAGGCCACACUGCAACACGAGGCCACAGCGGCCACACUGAGAAAGAAACAAGCUGACAGUGUGGCUGACCUCGGGGAGCAGAUCGACAACCUGCAGAGAGUGAAGCAGAAACUGGAGAAGGAGAAGAGUGAGCUCAGACUGGAGCUGGACGAUGUGGUCUCCAACAUGGAGCAACUUGUCAAGGCAAAGACUAAUCUGGAGAAGGUGAGUAGGACUCUGGAAGACCAAGCCAAUGAAUAUAGAACCAAGUGUGAGGAAAACCAACGGGCUCUGAAUGACUUCACAACUCAAAGAGCAAAGCUUCAGACAGAGAACGGUGAGCUAUCCAGGCAGCUGGAAGAGAAGGAAAGUCUAAUCUCACAACUGACAAGAGGCAAGAUGUCCUACACUCAGCAGAUUGAGGACCUCAAAAGACAGCUCGAGGAAGAAGUCAAGGCGAAGAAUGCUCUGGCCCAUGCAGUGCAGUCUGCCCGCCAUGACUCAGACCUGCUGAGGGAGCAGUAUGAGGAGGAGCAGGAGGCCAAGGCUGAGCUCCAGCGCAGUCUCUCCAAGGCCAACUCUGAAGUGGCUCAGUGGAGAACCAAAUAUGAGACUGACGCCAUCCAGAGGACUGAGGAACUGGAGGAGGCAAAGAAGAAACUGGCUCAGCGACUACAAGACGCAGAAGAGGCUGUGGAAGCUGUGAAUGCUAAAUGCUCCUCCCUGGAGAAGACCAAACACAGGCUGCAGAAUGAGAUUGAAGAUCUCAUGGUGGAUGUGGAGAGAUCCAAUGCAGCUGCUGCCGCUCUGGACAAGAAGCAAAGAAACUUUGAUAAGGUCCUGGCUGAGUGGAAGCAGAAGUAUGAGGAGUCACAGAGUGAAUUGGAGAGUUCCCAGAAGGAGGCCAGGUCUCUGAGCACUGAACUCUUCAAGCUGAAGAACUCUUACGAGGAGUCACUGGAUAACCUGGAGACACUGAAGCGAGAGAACAAGAUUCUGCAAGAGGAAAUCUCUGAUCUCACUGAGCAACUUGGUGAGGGUGGAAAGACGAUCCAUGAGCUGGAGAAGGUUCGUAAACAAUUGGAGCAAGAGAAGGCUGAGAUCCAGGCAGCUCUUGAGGAAGCUGAGGCUUCUCUUGAACAUGAAGAGGGCAAGAUCCUGAGAGCUCAGCUAGAGUUUAACCAGGUGAAAGCUGAUAUUGAGCGCAAGCUUGCUGAAAAGGAUGAGGAGAUGGAGCAGGCCAAGAGGAACCAACAGAGAAUGAUAGAUACUCUGCAGAGCUCUCUGGAAGCAGAGACCCGCAGUAGGAAUGAGGCCCUCAGGCUGAAGAAGAAGAUGGAGGGAGACCUCAAUGAGAUGGAGAUUCAGCUGAGCCAGGCCAACAGGCAGGCUGCUGAGGCCCAGAAGCAGCUGAAGGCCGUCCAUGCACACCUGAAGGAUGCUCAGCUGCAGCUGGAUGACUCUCUCCGUGCCAAUGAUGACCUGAAGGAGAACAUUGCCAUUGUAGAGAGACGCAACAAUCUGCUGCAGGCAGAGCUGGAGGAGCUGAGGGCCAUGUUGGAACAAACAGAAAGAGGCCGCAAGCUGGCUGAGCAGGAGCUGCUGGAUGUCAGUGAGAGGGUGCAGCUGCUGCACUCACAGAACACCAGCCUGUUAAACCAGAAGAAGAAGCUGGAGGGUGACACAGCCCAGCUUCAGACUGAGGUGGAGGAGGCUGUACAGGAGUGCAGAAAUGCUGAGGAAAAGGCCAAGAAGGCCAUCACUGAUGCUGCCAUGAUGGCAGAGGAGCUGAAGAAGGAGCAGGACACCAGUGCUCACCUGGAGCGCAUGAAGAAGAACAUGGAGCAGACCAUCAAGGACCUGCAGCACCGCCUGGAUGAAGCUGAGCAAAUCGCCAUGAAGGGGGGCAAGAAGCAGGUGCAGAAGCUGGAGGCCAGGGUAAGGGAGCUGGAAAGUGAGGUUGAGACAGAACAGAGGAAGAAUAGUGAAGCUGUGAAGGGCAUCCGUAAAUACGAGAGACGCAUCAAGGAGCUCACCUACCAGACUGAGGAGGACCGCAAGAAUUUAGCCCGUCUGCAGGACCUGGUGGACAAGCUGCAGCUGAAAGUGAAGUCCUACAAGAGAACUGCAGAGGAGGCUGAGGAACAGGCCAACACUAAUCUUGGCAAGUUCCGCAAGCUGCAACAUGAACUGGACGAGGCGGAGGAGAGAGCCGACAUCGCCGAGUCACAGGUCAACAAGCUGCGUGCCAAGAGCCGUGAUGUGGGCUCAAAGAAAGGGUUUGAUGAAGAGUGAAGCUCUCAGAUUGGACCCUUCUGAAAGUCUCUUGCCUGCUGUGCUGUAGCUUGCCCUUUACUAUCACUGUGCUUUUCCUGUAAUCGUGUGGAAUAAAAUCAUUUCAGCUGCUCACCAGUCAUUGUCUGUUACCUUGUUUCCAAUGCAUGCGCAGCUACGUAUGAACCGAUCCAGGCCAACUGCCUAAAUUGUCAUCUGAGAAUAUACACAUAAAAUACGCACAUCAUAUAUAUGUAAAACUAGUAUUGUUCAUUGAAUACGGUCACAGAAUCAAUAUAACAGCCAAC